UCUGUUGUGCGACCCGGAUUAAAAGCCUCGCUACGCUCGGCAACUACAUGCAAUAGAUCUCCUUGGACAUGUAGGCUGCAACUCUCUCUUACCCCGGCCCUGAAACUCUGUUGUUUCUGAUGCUUAUAGUAGCCCACAUUCGAAUGCGCAAAUUCGCGAACGUUCUCGAUUCGCAUUUGUUCCAUAUCAGGUGAGGUGUGGAAACGAAACACUGCAGACUUGAGGUAGACAUGUACUGUUCGACGUACAUCAUACAUAGCUUUAGCGUGCGUUAUGGGAUCGUUACAUGGCCAUGGUAGACGUUCCUUCCAAUUUGUUUGAGUCAGUUCAUUACUACGUGGCAAGAGACGACGAUCGACAGACGAGAAGUUUGCUGCGACAAGGAGGUGCCAAUCGUGAAUUCUCUCUCAACGAACGCGUCACUCACAUCAUAGCGGCACCAGAUAUUUUACCUUCGUCAGUUUGCAACGACACCAUCUUUCAAGCGGUAACCGUGAAGCCUGAAUGGGUAACGAUGUCAGUCAAAUGCAGAUCUCUGUUGCCCACUGAUCCCUUUGUACUGAAAUCAGAUCAACUUUUUUCAGGAGUGGUGGUUUGUCCUUCACAGAUGUCAGAAGCUGACAGACAUUCAGUACUAGCCAUGGUGACAUUCUAUGGUGGUCGAUAUCAGGCUCGACUGAAUUCAAAGUGUUCUCAUUUGGUAACACCUGGUCCAUUUGGUGCAAAGUAUGCAUGUGCUGUCAAGCAUAGUGACACUGUUAAAGUAGUGACACCUGAAUGGAUUAUUGAUUCUAUCAAGGCAGGUCACUGUUUAGACGAACGUAACUAUAGUGUGUCUCCACCUGUGAGUGCAACUGAGAAUGUAGCUGACAACAAUGUUGAAAUUCGAAAUGCUGAGAAAGAAGGCAACUCUUUAUCUGUGGCAGCACCAUCCGUGGAGCUUCCUAAUGAGUAUAACCGACAGCAUGAUUUGAUAGAAGAUAAAGAUAACCAAAAUCUUUCCAUGGACACAGCAUGCACUGAUGUGUCGACUACGGACUGUUUUCUUAAAAGCUGUUGUUUCGUUUUUGUUGAUUAUCCUAAACUUGUUGGUGAGGAAACCAUCAAGCGAUGGAGUCAGUUUAUUACGAGCCAUGGAGGGACAGUGUUAUCUCAGUAUAACAUGAGAGAGUGCAGUCAUGUGUUGGCUUGCAGUCAAAGCAAUAGAGUCUUUGCUAGGGCGUACGUUGAUGGCACAAAGAUUGCAACUCUGUACUGGCUGAGUGAUGUGCUGAUGCAAAAGCGUUUGUCACCUCCUACACGCCCUCUUCAUCUUCCUGUCCCCUUUACUACUGAUGUUGGAGAUUGCAGAUCAAUGAACAUUUGUUGCAGUGGCUUUACUGUGACUUGGCAAAGACGUCAUGUUAAAGACAUGAUUAUGACUGUUGGGGCGAAGUAUUCGGCAAAUAUGACAAGAUCCAAUAGUCACUUGAUUUGCAAAAGACCUUCAGGAGAGAAGUACACAAAGGCCAAGGAAUGGGGUAUUGUCAUUGUCAAUGCUCGAUGGUUGGCAGACAUUGUCAGUGGAGGUGUUGUACCUGAUCCAUGUCAUAGCAAAUAUAAGGUUACUGACAGCUUGGUUGACGAGUUUUGUCUGGACACCAGCAUACCAGAUAUUCAGUGGAUGCUAUCUUGCUGGGGUGAGGAUGUCAACAGUACAACAACAGGCAAACAAGCAGCAGUGAAACGGACAGCAUCAGAAGCAGAAUUGUCACCUGCCUCUUUAUCUCAGAAACGAAAAAGUGAGAGGAGUAAUCGAUUGAGUUAUUGUGGAGUCCCAGCUGUGAUGUUUACUGGUCUGGAGUCUGCUGAAGUCAAACGUCUUACAAAGAUGAUAGUCAAACUGGGUGGAAGACUGGCUGAAUCUGAGAUGACGUGUACUCACUUAGUUACUAAAGAGAUUCAUCGAACAAUCAAAUUUCUUUCAGCAAUCUCUGUCUGCCACUUUGUGGUGAGACCCGAGUGGUUGGAGCAAAGCUUUACAAAAAGCUUGUUUUUAGAAGAGAAUGACUUUCUUGUACGUGACACUAUUGGAGAGCAGCAGUGGCAGUUGUCAUUGGAACGGACGUUAGAAUUAGCUCAUCAGCGACCAUUGCUUGAGGGUGCGUUUGUGUAUGCAACAUCAAGUGUAAUGCCUUCGCCUUCUCAGUUAAAAACUAUCGUCGAAUGUGCAGGAGGAACGAUGCUCACUGUUUUGCCUACUAGCAGAGGAGAGACGCUACCGAAUGGCCAUCCAUCAGUGAUAGUCAUUUCUUGUCCAGCUGACCGUCUCCAAUGCAGACCAUUUUUUGAAGCUAAAAUAGAUAUCUACUUGAGUGAGUUCAUUCUUACGGGUGUACUAAGACAGACAUUGGAUUAUUCAUCAUAUCCAUUCAGAUGUAUCCAAGCUGAAAAAGUUGUGGCAUCACACAGUUUCUGUUUAUAUUAAUUUUGUCUUAGGAGGCAUUCUGCAUGAACAAGAAAAAGCGUAUUACCCGUUGACAGUGGAGACAUUUACAAUGACAGUGGAGAUUUUCAUGUGACAAAUACAACUUACAGGACGGAAAUUUGCGACGAUGCUGGUGUUCUACUCAAACGUGCUGUUAGAUGGGAUAGGAAAUUCAUUUACAUUAAAUUGGCGUCGAUCUGUCAGACUCUCAAGAGUUGCAUGCUUAUAAUACCUCACAAUAAAUUUAUACAUAGGUGGCAAACGAAGCUGUGUUUUACGUUUGUUUUUUUUGUUUAACAGGCAUUGAAAAUUAUAACUACGGAUCAGCCAUCGUCUAA